CACUGCGUCGACUGCGAAGCGACUUGCAGCCAUCGUGACACAUUUCCUUUCUAAGAGAUACCCUCGCUAGAACACACCCCACCGCAUCAUGGCUAGCAAGCAAGCAAGCAAGCGCUUGGCCCGUGAAUAUAAAAGCAUAUCCGAGAACCCUCCUCCGUAUAUUAGCGCCCAUCCGUCAGAAUCUAACAUCCUCGAAUGGCACUAUAUCAUAACUGGUCCCGAGGAUACUCCAUAUCAUAAUGGCCAGUAUUGGGGAACUUUAAUAUUCCCGCCUAACUACCCCUUCGCUCCACCAGCUAUUCGGAUGCACACACCCUCCGGCCGCUUCCAACCAUCCACACGGCUCUGCCUUUCCAUCUCCGAUUUCCAUCCGCGAUCUUUCAAUCCAGCAUGGGAAGUCUCGACGAUCUUGAUCGGGCUGCUGUCCUUCAUGACUUCGGAAGAGAUGACAACAGGUUCCGUGUCGGCUACAGCGCACGAGCGACGAAUAUUCGCGGCCAGGUCUAGGUGGUGGAACUCAACAGGAGGUGGCUCACAUGCCAAGAACCCGGCACAGAAAGGGAACGUGAAGGCCGGAGAUGGCGGCGCAAAGUUUAGAGCAGAAUGGCCCGAACUAGACAAGGAGAACUGGCGGUGGAUGACGGAGAAUAACAUCGACGCGACAACUGGAGCUAGGAAUGGCGGAGCGUCAUGUGGACCACAGCUAGGCAUCGCCGGCGGUAGUGGCGGGCAGACUCAAGCUGUUGUCGAUGCCGUUGUGCAGCGACGGGAUGCUGGCACUAGUUGGCUUGGACGCAACAAGUUACUAGUGUUUGGAGGCGUUAUAUUUGUUUAUGUGUUAAUUGCCCGUCUGCUCGGAGAAGGGGAGGGUACGUCAUAAUUCACGGCAGGGAGCGCAAGUAUUGUUCUUUCAACGGCUUGUGUUAUUAGCCGUCGCGCAGAGUUUUCUGGGGUGCUUUAUUGAAGCCCACUAUAUGUGCCUACAGUCUUCUCUUGGACUGGUAUACAGGCUGAUUAUAGGGCGGCAUAGACUGAUUUCAGCAGAAGAGCACCGAAGGGACCUCAUCGACCUCAUCGGGAGUCGAAUUGGGUGUAAAGACUUAGGGCGAGAGGGGAUCGAAUCUCGUAAUAAUG